UGACACCGCGCGGCGGCUUCUUGCCUUCCCCCGCGAGUGGCUGCCGGGAUCCAAGAUGGAGGCGGUGAGCAGAGCGGAGCAGGAGAUCAGCCUGGCGGCCCUCAAGCAGCACGACCCCUACAUCACCAGCAUCGCCGACGUGACCGGACAGGUAGCGCUCUACAGCUUCAGCCCCAAGGCCAACGAGUGGGAGAAAACUGACAUAGAAGGGACCUUGUUUGUGUAUAAAAGGUCAGCUUCUCCUUAUCAUGGUUUUACAAUAGUGAAUCGACUGAACAUGCAGAACCUGGUUGAACCAGUAAAUAAAGAUUUGGAGUUUCAGCUUCAUGAACCUUUCCUUCUCUACAGAAAUGCUAGCUUGUCAAUUUACAGUAUCUGGUUUUAUGACAAGAAUGACUGUCAUCGAAUAGCAAAACUCAUGGCUAAAGUGGUAGAACAAGAAGCUCAGAGAUCACAGCAAGUUUCCCAGGACAGAAAAAGUCCCAGCAGGACCAAUGGCUGCAAUGAAAACAGGCCCAUUGACAUCCUGGAAAUGCUUAGUAAAGCCAAGGAUGAAUAUGAACGAAAUCAGAUUAAUGACUUAAGUAUUAUAUCAAGUUCUGGAAUGCAACAAAAUGCAAAUCCUCCAAAGCCAGAGAGCACAGAUCCUUCAGAACAGAAAACUUCAUCACAAGUGCAAGAUCAGCCAUUUCAGUCAAGACAGAAGCAUCUGACUUUGGAGGAACUGUUUGGAACCUCUGUACCAAAGGAACAGCCCGCAGCCCUGUAUCCCAAUCCAGAGAGAAUGGAAAAGUUGCAGACUGACAGCUCUGCCAGAGAGCAGCACAGUUUACUCUUGCCUUUUCCCUUUGACCAGUCAACAGUAAUACAACACUCACGAGGGAAAUCGGAAAGCCCAAGCGUUAAAACCAGUGCCAAUCCUUUGACUCAGCAGGAAUGUUUAACACCUGUGUUAAUACCUCCAGCUUCAGUUUCCCAGCCUGAUGUAAAAAACGUUUCAAGCUAUUCAGUUCGUUUAAGUCCUGUUCUUAAUUCAGCCUCGUCAAUGGAAGCUGCCCCUGCUCAGAUGCUUCCUGGCCUAAAACAAAGCAACAGUAUAAUGCAAGUUAUGCAGCAUGCUGCCAAGCAGAUAUCCCCACUGGUGAAUCAGCCACCAUCUGAAGUGAACCACGCUCCACAAAAUCUCAUAGCUGGCCAAAGCCAGCUUAUAGCACCCUUGACAUCAACAAAUACAGGAACUGUCUCAAAUACAUCCCAUACAAGUGUUGAUCUUCUGCAGAAACUCAGGUUGACCCCACAGCAUGACCAAAUGCAGCAGCAGUCUCUCACUAAGACUUCCUUAACACCAAACAUCUCUGCCUCAGUUGGCCAGCUUGCAACACCAGAAAGUUUUAAAGAAUCUCACAGUAAGCCAUCAGCCCUGAACAGCAAGAUAAUCUCUCCUCUUCAGACUGUACAACAAAUCAAGGAAUCAGAAGUGUAUCCACAGCCAAAGACUUUGCCUAAAGGAAGUCAAGUUGGACCUCCACAGUUUGUUACAGCCACAACUACAGUAACACCUUCAAUCCUCUUGUCACCUAGUGUGUUUCAGCAAUCAGCUACAAAAGCUACUGAAGUGGAGAUUAAAGCCAAUUCUUCUUCGCCUUUAACACUUGGAACAACAGAAAUUCAGACUAUACCUCCUACUGUUCUCAGUAGGUCUCAGCUUCAAGAAGCACUGAUACAUCUAAUAAAGAAUGAUUCCCGUUUUCUCAGCACUAUUCAUGAAGUCUACUUGCAAGUCCUAACCAAGAAUGCAGACAACAUUAAGCUAUAAUUGGAACUAAAUCUCCUUUAAAAAUAUAAUGAUUUUAGAAACAGUUAUGCCUCGUCUAUAAAACUAUUAUUUUUGUAAAAGAAUAUUUAGUUUUCAAUGCCUUGAAUUUGAAGCUGUUGGGAAAGACUAUUCCUUAAAUACUUAGGAAAGUAAUGUUCUCAGAAGUGAUCUAAGUUUUCACUGUGAUCAUCACCAGCAAACCUUUGUUUUUAUUGGGGACGGGAGUCGAGUUGCAUUUGAGCUCUCAAUAGCAUAAGGUGAAUGUACAAAUGUUUGCUCUGGCUUUCAUUCCUAGCUGUGCUAAUGGAUCAAGGAUUACAGACUCAGUACUAUUUAAACCAGCAGAAAUGGUGUACAGUACACUACACUACACCACACCAGAAGAAGAUUCACUUAUGGGACCCUAGUUCCAGUUUGAGGGACUGAGGAAAGCAAAAUGCCUUGUAAGUUUGCAGGUGUGGGGAAUGAGAAGCCAGGGCUUUGGAGCUAAAUCAUUAGCAAAAUGUUUUAAAACAUGAUUUGGUCAAUACAUUGACAGUCUCCAGCUAAUGGAUGUGAAUUUAUCUUUUAAAUAUUCCACUAAUCAUAUUUGCUUCUGUGUUGCUGACAUUAAACAGGUACCCAGAUGAGCAAGGCUGUUUUCUCUAAAAAGGCAAAAUUUGAAAUAUGCAAAAUCCUCAGUGAUUAUAUCUCCUUGUUUUGGCUUUGUUAUUGUUUUUUUUUAUGCAACAGCUGUUGCGUGUUGAAGUUCUCUUGUUUUAAAUUUAUAGUUAGGAGAUCACCAUUGGAAGAUCAUUUUCCUGUUCAGCAGUGUUUGAUACAAUUUAAAUACUUUGUUUCUUCUUUACCUUAAGAUUGGACCAUGUAAUAGUUGGCUUUCAUUCCUGGGUUGCAAUGGAACUGCAGUGUUGAAAAACUAUGCAGAUGGGGAGCAAAUGUAUGCUUUUCUUCUGUUGCCCCCUCCCCAGAUUGUUAGUGCAUACUUCAUAGUUUCAAGUUUAUCUAAUAUCUUCUAAUAUGUGAUUUAGUAAUUCACCAGUAUAAGAAUUUAACUGGAUACUUUCACAUUUGAAAUCAGAAAAUUUCUAGUUGUAGCUUCUUAUGCUGCUGUGUUGGUUUACUCAUGGGUUGUAUUUAUUUCUUAAGGACAUGCAAAGGUAAUUAAUAGGACUUCAGGUCCCAAAUUUUUUUGAGUAAAAAGGUAAUCUGUAGUGAGUUAUGAUGCACUGCUUCUUUUUUUUUUCCCUCAAGCACUAUUGAAAUAUGAAGAAAAAUGCUUUGGUUCCUUACAAGUUAUGUGUAUGUAUAUAUAUCCGAAGGAUUAGUUGAUGUUGACUUAGUCAAGGUGCAUGUUCAUUUCAUUGGAAACUAGUAAUGGAGCUUUAAUUGUGACUUGUUCACAAAUCAGUAUGUUUUAGAUACAAGAAAUAUUUACAUUUUUAUGUAUUUGAUCUAUUUUAGUUUUUUCAUAGCUUUUUAGUGGAAAAUAUAUUUUGCUUAGCACUACCUGCCUUCUGAACAGAUCUUCUUAGCCUUCGAGUUCAGUGUUUUCAGUUAAAAUAUAUGGUAUUUUGUUAGAAAAAUGUGCAAGAUUCAGGGAAAGAUGCUAAUGUCAUGCACAUUCAUCAAGAAAUAUGUUGUCUUUAAUAGUAGCAUUUGAAUUCAGCAAUAUAAACUCAGCCUUGUAAAAGACAAUAAGGACCUUCCUACAUAAAUUCUAGGGUUAAAAUACUGCAUAAACAAUGACACAAUUAGAUCUAAGGUCUAAACUAAUCUGGGUUUGGGGAUUUUUUAGAAAAACUUUCACUAACAGGGACAAAUCUAUGAACAGUUCCUCUGAACAAAAAUGGAUAACCUAAACCAAACAGAGUUGCUUUUUAUCUGGAUUUAGCAAAGAUAGAAGUCCAUAACUUCUCACUUUUUAUGGGCAGCCUCUGGUUUCUUCAAAGGGAGAUUUAAUAGAAGUUUCUGAAAAUAGAAAUAUUGGAAGCUGAUAGUGCAUACUGGUACUGUUUGCUAAAUAGUCAUAUCCAAAGAUCUAUAGAGAUGAUAGGAAGUAGUUGUAUUUUGAGUUCUUCAGUCAUUUACAGCUGGCAAAAGUAAUACUGCUCAGAGCAGCACUGUUGUUAUGAGUUUGACUCUGCUCUGAAGAUCCUUAACUUGUUUCCAGCUGUCCACAAGCAGUUGGCAGAUCCUUACUUUACUUUGAUUUUGUAGUGUACUACGAGCAAUACACUAUUGGUUUACUUCCCCCACCUCUCCCCUCACCCCCAACUUUCAAAAUGAAUUGGAAGAUGGAGUUGAAAUCAUAGUUACUAGGCAGACAUUUUCACAAGCAGACCUGUUCAUCAUGAACGCCUCAACUUGUUUGUUCUGACCUCUCUGCUUGUAGCCAACAGACACUGGAACCAAGCAAGGUGUCACCCAACACCCUGCAGUGUUACAGUCUGACAUGUAUGGCAGGUGCCACGGGAGUGGCUUUAACAGAGAAACUCUUUAAUGAAAACUGCAUUGUAAACCACAAGCUCUACUGCAGUGUAAAAUUGGAAUCUAUUUUUUUUAAAUGUGGACUGUGUUAUUUAACAACGUUUUUUGUGCUUAUUUUAACUUUUUGUAGAAAUCUAAAAUUACCAGCUUGCCAAAGUACUUGAUUCAUGUUAGCCACAUGUAUGGACAACUAUUGUGUAGCAAGUUACCAUGAGCCAUCACAGGAAAUGAUUGUGACCAUGCUCAAUUUUUGUUUUUUUCUUUGUUAAAACUACUGGCUUAAUAGGAUUUUAUCUACUAGUUCUGAGAAUUAAAGUAUUAGUUUAGACUAUUCUCAAACUCUUUUUAUUAAUUAAGCAUGUGUUUGGUGGCUAGCCUUAAGCAAUUUUAAAAACAGCAACAAAACCCAAACAAACAAAAAAACAAAUGCCAAACUCAAACCUAAUGAAAGAUAGUUUUAAAACCUACAGCUGCUGAAUUUUUCAGGAAAACCUAAAUUCUCAGUUUUGUGGAUAGAAUAUAUCUGCUGUUAUGUAAUAAUGCAAAGUUUAUAUGGAAGUUGCCCAACAGCUGUUAACUCAGAAGCAGUAUAUCUUUCCAAAUUAAACAAGAUUUGCAGAAUGAAUACUUUUUUUAAAAAAUUAUUGGUCUUGAUUUCAUAUAAAAUACUUAAUUCUGUGUAUAAAUACUCAGUAUAAUACUUAACACUUGCUGCUGGAUGUAUGUAAUUUUUGCUUGCAUUUCUAAUUGCUUCAUUUUGAUAUAUUUCUGAAAACCAUUAUGCCAUGUGUAGUCACUGAUUUAAUUUCUGGAAUAGUUUUGAAAACAAACUUUAAUUUGGUACUUAUUGGUUUUAAAAGUAUUCUACACAAAUCACACACCUUCUUGCCAGGUGUUUGGGUUGCUUUGUACAACAUAUCUUAACAGGAGGAAUGUGUGCAAUAUGUAUCACCUCAGUUUUGUCUGGCAAUGUUACAAAAAUGUUAAUAUGCAAUAUCUUCCUUUCACUUCAAAUUGCAAAAAUUGCAGUAUCUCUAAUUCGGUGUUGUAUUUAUUUUUAUCUAUUCAGUGUAUUGGCAUAUGGCUAGUUAGGGUUUUUUAUGUACAUUAUGUGCUUCUAGUAAUUUCUGAGUUUUAUCACUUCUGUGGAUACACCAGUUGUACCCAUUUGCAUGUUCUCUCAAUAUGAAGACCAUGGGGAAGGGUGGGAUUCGGUAAAGAUUCCUGGAAACUGAGAAUUAAAAUAAUUGUCAGUCAGUAAAUGUAGAUACUGCAUCAUUAACGUUUUUGGUAUGGUAUGGAUUUUAUAGCACCUAUAUAUGUUUGCUGUUAUUAAGUUAUUGCAUAAAUGUUUAAAAUGAGCAUUUUUUCAUCCAAAAUUUUGUAUGUUUGCAAAUCUAUUUUUGUAAUAAAACUUCAAAACAAAUGUUUCAGCACCU